AUUACUCCAUUUUCUCAGUGUCCUGUUCUGGCGAGCCCCAGUCACAGUAUUCCACAAACAACCAUCACAGUUCCUAAGCAAUUGCUGAGGGUGCCCUUUUCUGGCUUGUACUGGCAAAGGGGAGAAUCGAAUUUUCGAAUGACCAAAAGAAUGUAAUCACCGAUGAUCUUCCUAAAUCAUUUUCAGUAUGAAACUGAAUGUAAUUUAUUCCCAAACCGUCUGAAUAAUCAUUUCAUGUUCCCUGAUUUCAUUGGCUUAUCUAAAGCCUAGCAAGGAAUUUGCCAUCCCCGUAGAAAGGCUACCUGUGCUUUUGGUAGAGCUUGCCAAAGAAAAGGAGGAAGGGAUUGCAUUGCUGUUCUGAGACUCUAAGUAAAUAAUUGGGCCCCUGGCAUUCUUUGUGUCGGGAAAUGCUGCUUAUGUGUGCCAGCUUCUCUGUUCGCCUCUCGCAGUGGGUUUCUUGUAAUCGUGAAGCCAUCAGGACCAAAGAAGUGCACAUGUCCUUUCUGGGACUGGUUGGGUGAUGCUGUGGCCUACUGGACUGGACUAGAGGAAAAUACGGAAAUCGGGGACCUCGCAGAAGAGCCACAUCAGACGUUUGCCUCACGCUAGUAUCAGUCUUCAGGCUGUUAUUUCAAGCUGAGAGGCCUUUUUAAUGACCCGGAGUACGGCUCUGAGCAGGGCAGCCAAGCAGCGCCUUUCGGAGGGCACUCCUCCCCAAGUGGAAGGCAUCGAGGCCCUUUAGAACCACGAGUCCUCCUCUGCCCAGCCAUCCCGCAUCCGCCGCAGGCACUUAUGUAACAGGUAACCUGUGGAGAUGCUGAACUUGGAACCGCUACAAGGCUAAUAUUUUCACAAGGAAGACUGUUAUUGAACAUUUUUCUAAUGGAUUCAGCACAUGCAGGUUUUUCUGCAUCAGGCAGGCACUUGAGUGUGCUCUGCUUUUGUUUCUUCAGUAAAUACUGCUGGAAAAGAUAGAACAGAGGAAAAUUCCUCCCUUGGUUUAUUUUAGUUGCCCUCUGCCCCUCAUAUAGAUUCUCAAAGAAGGGGCUCUACGUGACUCCCAAUUUGUGUCCUUCUUCUCGCAAAAAUUACCUUAAAGACUCCGGUACCGCAGGGCAGCCGGCAGAUUUUAGCGGUCUCCUGGAGUGAUAGAUCUUGGGGUGAUAAGAAUUGAUUUUCCUCCUCUUGACACAUGAAGUCUCAGAGGGUGCAAUUAUUCCAUUGCCUGAUCGUACAGAGCAGCGCUAGCCACAGGGAGCACGGAGGUGAAAACUGCAGGGAAACUCCCGGAAAAAGCAGGGAUGUCCUCCAGUCGGCCUGCUUUGCUGUCCCUGGAGAGAGUUGUUGCCGGCCAAACAGUAGAGACAGAAUUGUCUCAAGUCAAAGCUACCCUGUGUCACGGGCGCUGUUUUAUUUCACCACGAAGGCUCUGAGGGUCUGGCCCACGCUCCCAGCAAAGCUGUUGUGCCCUCAGCAGUUUGGGGGCUUCAGCCCAUUCUGCACCGGUCAUUGGUUCAGUGGGUUCUGUGUUCCUUGUGACCGUUGUGUUUCUGAGUCUCCCCUGUCACUUUUGGUAAGGACAUCCUGCUGUGAAAACAACCUCCCUCAUAGCACUCAGCGUGUACCAAGAGCACCUUUGUCUACACUGGGUGCAUUCUGCAUUUUAUUUUUUGUGUUUAUUUAUUUAUUUUGAGAGAGCGCAGGGGAGGGGCAGAGAGAGGGAGACAGAGAAUCCCAAGCAGGCUCCACACCGUCAGCUCGCAGCCUGACACAGGGCUUGAACCCACGAACCAUGAGAUCAUGACCUGAGGCGAAACCAAGAACAGGAUGCUUAACCAACUGAGCUACCCAGGCACCCCGCAUUCAGCGUUUGAAAUGUUGGCCCUGACACAGAGCAAAACAAAAUAAAACAAAACAAAAAACAAAGGGAUAGAAUGAUCAGGGACAAGUUUUGAAAAAAAGGAACAGAGCAGCAAUUCCUACAGCGAUAGGCAUGCAGGCAAGAGGCUACAUGCGAUUGUUUUUCCACGAUCGACUUUAAAAAAGCAAAAUAUUCUGUGGACUUGAUUGUUUCACUGUCACCGGAUAGAAAUAAGAAAACAACACUCAAAGUACUGAGAUUGCAGACAAAAGCAAAAUAGAAAAAUGUCUGAUUAGCCGAAGCACCCAUCCGCUCUCCAGGGACUGAUCUUUGAAACAGAGUAAGCAACACAGAGCUCCAUAAACCCACAGACUGAUGGGCUGUUAAUUGUGCUUUCUGUGACCCAAGUGUGCAAAAUGAGUGUGUCCAUUACGGAAUCAGGGGUCAUGGGUCAGUGAGUGGCUGCGGAUACUCAUACUGAGUAGACAGAUAGCAGAGGCCUGGAGAACAGUGGCUCCGUGUCUGAUCUUAAAUCCUAGCCCUGCCACUUACUAGCUCAGGGGUCUUGGAGACGUUUAUUAUUAUUUUUAAAUAGAAAAGAUCUCUCUGGACCUCAGUUUGUUCAUCUCUAACAUGGAGAUAAAAGUGGUUUAUUUGCCAGGGGGCAAAAAGCUGCAUGAACACUGCCCGUUGCUGACACAUAGUAGACAUUAGAUAAAUGUUGCUUCCUAGGAUUAUUGGGUAUCUUCCAAUUUCCUGUUUUAUUGAUCUCAAUAUUGUUCAAUUGACUUAUUUCACCAUAAGUAAAACAUAAGGGAAACUUGACACUGAAUUAUUUAGGCCUUAACCUGUUUAACAAGUUCUCGGAUACACUUUUUGUUCACAUUUUACCGUCUCUGGAUUCUGCAUUUAUCUUACAAUAUAUGACACCCUGAAAUUGUGGCUGGCCAUGUUUUUACAUUUUAACAUCUCAAAAACCAGACUGAAUUCUACCUUUGAUAGUAUAUUAGAUUCGAUGAUCUCUGAUUGCAGAAGAAGGUGCCUCCUUUGGAACUUACAGUCAUAAUGAAAACUGUAGACCCUUUACUGAUUGAGGCCAACAAGAGACCUGUGGAACGCUUUGCAGGGACAUUUUUUUAUUAGACUUUGUCCAGCAAAUCUCAUAAAUUACGUGUAUUAAUUGCCCCAUGAAACGACUUGCAUUGCCUUUAACAACACACAAAACGCCCCAAUAAAACAGAUUACCAAAAGAGCAGAAAAUCCCCAGAAGAGGAAACCAGGACAUGAAGGAAGUUUUCAGUCAAUAGAUAAAAACCGAACGUCUAGAUGAGUGUGUGGGCGGCUGGGUAGAAUGUUAAGUUGGAGAGGCAUUCUGUAAAAUGGAAAUAAUCCAGAAGGGCCUCUCGAUCCUUACAACUUCACUGGAUGUUCUCUGAAAGCAGUGAAUUACGGCAAAAUGAAAAUCAGAAAUGACAUUUUUUAAACAUCUCCCUGACACACACAACACACACGCAGGCGUGCACAGAAAGAGAGCGCUAAAUGUCUAAGAAGAGAGGUAGCCAUCACUGCAUAUGUAUAUUUAAUACACAUGUAUCUCAUAAGGCCCUUCUCAGUUGGAGAAAAUAGCUGUAUUUUUUCUCCUUACUAGAUAUUGGUCGAGUAAGUCACUCUUUACGUUAUAGUCCCAUCGAUUUCUGCUGGCAUGUUCUCCCGAAUCAGAGCAGAAAACGGCAUUUUCUCUGAGACUGGAUGCUGACCAUGCUUUUACCCAAACCCGGGAAUUCAAGACCUUUUGUUUUCAUGAAGUUUAUCAAACAACAGGCUGAUUCUGUAGCUUCUUAUUAAAGUAAAUUGCCCACUACCAAACACAAAACUGAAAUUUGAGGUGCUGGGCAAAGACCUGCCUUGUUCUGAACAGUAGAAUAAUGGUUCUUCCUUUAUAUAAGUCUUGUGUCUUGAAUUGGAAUGUAAUUAUAAGGGAGAGUUAUCCAUGGCCUCAGAAGAAAAGAAGGCAGGUUAUCGAACAAAGUGGAUUGAACCUGACUUGAAAGACCAUCAGGAGCCAAGGCAGCUCUUGCCUUAUACAGACCGUGGCCUGUCUGCCCAGAUUUUCAAGCCCCUGCAAAGUCGAGGUGUCCAGAUUCUUCUCCCUAUUUUUACAGGGGAAAAUGUCUAGUCGUAUGAAAUGCUAUAUCCCAUUUUCUACAACCCUAUCAUUAAUAGAAGAAUAGACUUCUCCACUAUGCUAUUAAUUGAGUCUGAAAAAUAUGAAAAUGUGCCUGACGAGAAGGAAAAAAUUCUUCUUUGGCUUCUUCAGUUUAUGCAAGAACAGGGCAUCUCGCUGGAUGAAGUGGACCAAGAUGGCAACAGUGCCGUCCACGUAGCCUCACAGCAUGGCUACCUCGGGUGCAUACAGACAUUGGUUGAAUACGGAGCAAAUGUCACCAUGCACAACCACGCCGGGGAGAAGCCCUCCCAGAGCGCUGAGCGCCACGGGCACACCCUGUGCUCCCGGUACCUGGUGGUGGUGGAGACCUGCAUGUCGCUGGCCUCUCAGGUGGUGAAGCUGACCAAGCAGCUGAAGGAACAGACAAUGGAACGUGUCACACUGCAGAACCAGCUCCAACAACUUCUAGAAGCCCAGAAAUCAGAGGGCAAGUCCCUCCUUUCCUCGCCCAGUUCGCCAUCCUCCCCCGCUUCCAGAAGGUCCCAGUGGAAAUCUCCAGAUGCGGAUGAUGAGUCUGUAGCCAAGAGCAAACCCGGGGUCCAAGAGGGGAUUCAGGUGCUCGGAAGCCUGUCGGCAUCCAGCCGGGCCAGGGCCAAAGCAAAAGAUGAAGAUUCUGACAAAAUCCUCCGCCAGUUACUGGGGAAGGAUAUCUCAGAGAGUGUCUGCACCCAGGAAAAGCUGUCCUUGGAAUUCCAGGAUGCUCAGGCUUCUUCUAGAAACUCAAAGAAGAUCCCUGCAGACAAGAGGGAGCUGAAGUUGGCUCGGCUGAGGCAGCUGAUGCAGCGGUCCCUGAGUGAGUCCGACACCGAUUCCAACACCUCUGAGGACCCCAAGAGCACACCUGUGAGGAAGGCCGACAGGCCCAGACCGCAGCCCAUCGUGGGAAGUGUGGAGAGUGUGGACAGCGCAGAAAGCCUGCACCUGAUGAUCAAGAAACACACGUUGGCAUCAGGACGCAGGUUUCCUUUUGGUAUCAAAGCCUCCAAAUCUCUAGACGGCCAUAGCCCAUCUCCCACCUCCGAGAGCAGCGAACCCGACUUGGAAUCCCAGUGUCCCACCUCAGGGACCACUCCCCCAAGCCAGCCCUCCGGAGACCCUACUCAGCCCAGCCCUGACAGCACUGCCACCCAGAAAGUGGCCAUGAGCCCCAAGAGUGCCCUCAAGUCUCCGUCUUCCAAGCGCCGGACAUCUCAGAACUUAAAACUCCGAGUUACCUUUGAGGAGCCCGUGGUCCAGAUGGAGCAAGCUAGCCUCGAGCCCACUGGGGAGAAGGACAGAGAUAAGGGCAGGACCCCCCAGAGGACCUCUACGGGUAGCGAAUCGGGGGAUCAACUGAAAAGGCCUUUUGGAACCUUCCGGUCCAUCAUGGAGACGCUCAGUGGCAACCAGAACAAUAAUAACAAUUACCAGGCAGCCAACCAGCUGAAGACCUCCACACUGCCAUUAACCUCACUUGGAAGGAAGACAACAGAUGCCAAGAGAAGUCCCGUGAGCUCUGCUAGCAAAGGAAAGAAUAAGGCGGAGAUGUACGGCAGCUGCGUCACCCUUUCCUCUAACACGCUGACCGAAGAGCCUCUGCGUAACCGUGCACGGCAUAAUGACAUCAACAGAAAAAUGAAGAAACCCUACAGCAUAAAGCACAUUGCUGAGCCAGAGUCAAAUGAACUCUUCUUGUAAAUCACUUUUUUAUUAUCUCUCAUUGCUGCCCUUGGGACACCGUUUGGAAGUUUCUGGACUAUCCACUAUGGAAAUAGAAUCAUGAGAACAAUGCCUCACCAGCAGAAGAACAAUAUCAGGAUGCCUUAAAUUUAUAGUAGUAGACUCUACAAUACACAUUUUGGGGUGAUAUUUGUAUAUAUAACUUGUUUCUAAAGAGAUGCUGUUUAAAAGCAUGAUCGGGCAAACGUUAUGUUGUUUUGAGCGUGGACUGGUUCAACCUGCCCACACAACGUCCGCCAAGCCACCGGUACCAUCUUUUAUUUCAUCCAUUGCAUGGGUGUUUGCUAAUGUUGAUUGAACAUUCUUUUUCCAGUAAAAUGGGCAGUUUGGCUCAGCUCCUCAGUGAGACCAGGUCAGUGGUACUGUUUUCUGUCGAGAGCGUUUUUUCUGUCAUUUCUACUUUUUGUAUAAAGGAAAUAAAACAAUGUUAACAGCACCUAUAAGCUCGAGGCACCUACUUUCUAAUCAGCCUAUGAUGUUCUGGUCUCUUAGGGACCUUGAGAGUAUUUUGAUUGCUGAUAUUUUAUUUCAGGAACAAACUGCCGGGUUUAGCUAUUUUCCCAUAGGGGUGAAAUAAAACAUUCUAGUUUUCAUUAAGUACUAAAGGAUCAGACAAGUAUAUAAAGUAAGUCAAUUCCUU